AUGUCCGGUUGGGGUUCUUGGCUCAAGGGCGACUCGGCCGCUGCUGCAGGCUCCGGCGCCCCCGCUGCAUCUGGAAGCAACUUCCACGCCAUCACCGACACCGUCUCCCAGGACGCCCUCUUCGGCCCUCUCCAGGCCUCCGACCUCGAAUGGACCUGUGCCGGUGGAUUCACCACCGAGACUCAGACCUGGUACUCAUUCCUCGAAGAUGGCUCCUUCGCCACCUCCCAGAUCAUCCACUCGGCCGUCGGCCUGUGGUAUCCGCAGGUUCAGAUGACCUUCAAGUACUUCAACCCUAAGACGGGCAAGAAAAUCUGGAAGUCGGUCAACGUCACCAAGUUUGCCGCACCCCCCUCGGCCGGUGCUGCCGGCCCGCAGGGCGACAAGCGUUCCAGCAAGGCCGCCGAGUUCACCGUCCUCUUCACCACCACCGACGCCGGCGAGGACAAGUACACCAUCACCGCCAACCUCGACGCCGACCUGCAGCUCUCGUGGUCCUUUGUUCGUCCUGCUGCUACCCAGGGCUGGAAGCUCGGUGCGGGCCCCAAGGGAGGCUUCAGCUACUUUGGUUCCAACCUCGGUAGCCCAGAGGGCUACGUCAUCCACCGCUUCUGGCCCGUCGCCGAGAGCGAGGGUCACAUCAUCUCGCAGGGCACCGCCAUCGACGCCAAGGGCAAGGGCAUGUUUGUCCACGCCAUCCAGGGCAUGCGUCCCAACCUCGUCGCCGCCAAGUGGAACUUUGCCAACUUCCAGGCUCAGGACGAAAAGCUCGGCAGGGUCAGCGGCAUCAUGAUGGAGUUCACCACCACGCCCGACUACGGCAGCGUGGCCGAGGGCGCAAACGCACGCGAGUCGCUCACGGUCAACAUUGGUUCCAUCGUGGCCGAUGGCAAGCUCGUCGCGGUCAGUGCGGCGACGCGCAGCGCUGGCUCGCCCGCUUCCGAAGCGAGCCGCAAGAGCAACUCGUUCGCCAGGCACCUCGACCCCAUGCUCGACCAGGACACCGGCUACCAAGCGCCCCAGGCCAUCGAGUUCCACUGGCAGGCACCGCUGCUCGACUCGGCCUCGGGCAAGGGCGACGUCGACCACAAGGUCGAGGCGCAGCUCAAGGUCGACCUCGGCAAGCCCUACCCGUCCAGCGAGACGCACGGUCUGGUCGACAAGGUGGACGUGCUCGCAGAGAUUCCCUACAUGGUGCGCAAGCUCGUCAACUACGUCGCAGGCACCAAGCCUUACAUCUACCAGACGCUCAACCCAGCCACGCUCACGCUCACCCUCCCCGGGCAGUACGCCGGCAGCGGCAAGGGCGAGUCCACCUCGAUCAAGGGCACCCUCUUCGAGGAGCACACCUUCAUCAGCGGCUAG